AUGACGAGAACACUGUCUCCUAAGAAGCACGUCCAGUCCGUGACUUCCGACUACCCAUGGAGAUCCGACAACCCAUUUGGUCCACCUCAAAUACCGCGAUCCUUCCCCAGUGGCAUCAAACGCCUCCGAGACACACUCUCAAAGCUGGCGCCAUCCUCCUUCGCGGAAAAGGAACUCCUCCGAACAAAGAACCACCACAGAGUCCCCUUGACCGAGAGAAAUGUCGAUACCUUGGUCACCGAACAAGAAUGCGACGAGGCAUACAGGCCCAAUCUACACUCGCCCAAUAUCCAAGUUACUGAAUGGCUACGGCGAGUCUCCUGA